GAAGCAGCUAUGGAGACCUAUGUUGAAAACAUAUAAUAAUAUUAAAUGUGCGAUAGAGAUGAUUGAAUACUAAAAAUAUUAGGGCUAUCGGCCAUGGAUUUACUGUUUUGGUAUUAGGAAGCAUUAGGGAGCGAUGACAAUGACAUGGUGGCUCUGUGUCCUUGUUUUCUGCGCUUUCAUUGUUCCACACACUUCCGCCAUUUAUUGUGAGGAAGACGAUUGUUACGAUCUUCUCGGGGUUACACAGUUCGCGGGUAGUGCAGAAAUCAAGAAGGCGUAUUACAAGCUUUCUCUUAAAUACCAUCCUGACAAGAAUCCCGAUCCAGAAGCCAGGAAACUUUUUGUCAAAAUAGCAAAUGCGUACGAGAUUCUUAAGGAUGAGGCUACAAGGGAGCAAUACGAUUAUGCUAUUGCCCAUCCAGAAGAGGUCUUCUAUAAUACGGCUCGCUACUAUCAGGCCUACUAUGGUCAUAAAACAGACCUUCGAGCUGUUCUGGGUGGCCUCCUCCUUGUUUUGUCAGGGUUUCAAUAUUUGAAUCAGUGGACUAGAUACAAACAGGAGAGUUUGGUGUGGAGAUUUGGAGGUUUUCAGAGGCAUUUUUCCCACAUCUAUACUGGCGUGGGUUUACAUCAUUUCUUGGUAGUGAGUAUGGUUAAAAAGACACCAGCCUACAAGAAUAAGUUGAAAGCAUUGGAACUUGAACGUAAAGGAGGGAUGGAAAACAAGAGAAAAGGAAUGAAACAAAAGAACAAAGAAGAUAUAGAUGUGGAGCUUAGCAAGGAGCUUGAAUUACAAAUUGAAGGAGCUGAGAAGCCAUCGUUUUGGAAGCUGUUUGGUACUCAAUUUUUGUUGCUUCCAUACACUAUUGGGAAGUUACUUAUGUGGGUAGGAUGUUGGUUUUGGAGGUAUCGUAUAAGGUGUUUGCCCUAUACAUGGAACGAUGCUUGCUAUUUAACACGAGAAUGCCUUGGCCUACAUCUUGAGACAUGGAUUUCCAUGGUUUUUUGUUUAUUUUACUUUCAGACGAAUCAGCGAAAGAGGAUCUCGUUAACAAGCGCGUAUGGAUAAAGCAAAACAUGGAACACUAUCGUUUGGAAUUGAAGAAAGAAGUUAAGCGUAGAAGAUAAUGAAGUGCAAGCAGAUGCGAUGAUUGUUGCUUUCUUUUCUUUUUUGUGUUUGCAUUUGCUAAAACAUACUGAUUUUCAAUAUAUUCUAAUUUAAACAUAAUUUAUCUAAUAGUUUUUCUUGUUUCCAUUUAUCUGGAGGCAUCUUAUAUGCAUCAAUGAUAUGUUGACAUGAACAUGGAAAUAAAGGGAUUCGGUAGCAUUGAUGCA